AGGUAAAAAAAAAAAGCUUCAUAGAAUCUUCCUCUUUACCGAUGACCGAUGAGUAACUGAAUCAUUCACCGACAAUUAUUUAGCAACAAAUUUAUUUCCUACAGUAACAUCAUUCUAUCGUUUUCUUCUUCACUAUCAACCAAGCUACAAGAUUCAUUUUCUCACCAAAUGGAUCCAUCUGCAUUGCUGUAUAAUCAGCUCAAGGCUGCACACCCGUUUUUCCUGCUAGCUGGUCCCAAUGUGAUUGAAUCAGAGGAGCAUAUAAUGAAGAUGGCUAAGCACAUCAAGGCUAUUUCAUCUAAAUUUGGAAUUCCAUUGGUUUUCAAAUCAAGCUUUGACAAAGCUAACCGGACAUCAUCAAAAUCAUUCCGUGGCCCAGGGAUGGUUGAGGGAUUGAAGAUACUCGAGAAGGUUAAAGUAGCUUAUGACAUUCCUAUAGUGACAGAUGUGCACGAGGCCAGCCAGUGUGAAGCAGUUGGCAGAGUUGCAGAUAUCAUUCAAAUUCCAGCCUUCUUAUGUCGCCAAACAGAUCUUCUAGUUGCUGCAGCCCAAACUGGGAAGAUUAUCAACAUCAAGAAGGGCCAGUUCUGUGCUCCUUCUGUUAUGGCAAAUUCGGCUGAAAAGGUUCGGCUAGCUGGAAAUCCUAAUGUGAUGGUUUGUGAGAGAGGAACAAUGUUUGGCUACAAUGAUUUGAUUGUUGAUCCACGUAACCUGGAGUGGCUGAGAGAAGCCAAUUGUCCUGUUGUAGCUGAUAUAACGCACUCACUACAACAACCUGCUGGAAAGAAGUUGGAUGGAGGAGGUGUUGCAAGUGGAGGUCUUCGAGAGCUGAUACCUUGCAUUGCAAGGACAUCAGUUGCUGUAGGAGUGGACGGGAUCUUCAUGGAGGUGCACGAUGAUCCACUGAGCGCACCUGUAGAUGGUCCAACACAGUGGCCUUUGCGCCACUUGGAGGAGCUACUUGAAGAGCUUAUAGCUAUUUCUAGGGUAAGCAAAGGGAAGAAGCCGUUUAACAUUGAUCUCACACCAUUUCGUGAAUAAGAAGACUGGUGAUCAUUGGGUUAUUCUAAAUAUAAUUUCCUGAACAUUGUAAUUUUAAGAUCUCUUCAAGAUUGAAUGCAAAACUGUCUCCAUUUCCUGGCACAAGUUCAAGUGCCUCAUAGGAAAAAGGGUUCAUCCUAAAAACUUUGUUUGAUGAUCCAAUUUGAUGAUCCAAGCUUGUUUCUUCAUGUAGUAACACUACCAAUUGAUGUUUGUCAUUGAUCAUGUGUAUCCUUUAAUCAUGUCAGUUACUAUUCUUGAGGCAAAUAAAUAUAAAAUAUAGGUAGAGAUUGUUGAUUA